CACCAAACUCCCUGAACUUCGGGGGCAGUCCCGGAAGCGGCGAAACUCUCAGGGACCCCCACCCCGGGCGGCGCCCCUCGACGACCUCUCCACGCCGAGCCCCUGCUGCCAAGUGCCUGGACUCCGAGGGUCUCCGCGCCCGUCCGGAGCGGACUGUCCCCAGCCACGAUGCUCAUGAGGAAAGUGCCGGGUUUCGUCCCGGCCUCCCCGUGGGGGCUGCGGCUGCCGCAGAAGUUCCUCUUCCUUCUUUUCCUCUCCGGUCUCAUCACCCUGUGCUUCGGGGCCCUCUUCCUGCUGCCUAACUCCUCUCGCCUUAAGCGCCUCUUCCUGGCCCCCCGGACCCGGCCCCCAGGCCUGGAGGUGGUAGCCGAAGUCGCCGGCCACCCCCUGGUCCGCGAGCAGGAGUCGCCUCCCAACCCGGCUCCCGCUGCCCCAGCCCCGGGCGAGGAUGACCCCAGCAGCCAAGCCAGCCCUCGCCGCAGGAAAGGGUGGCUGCGGCGCACCCACCCCACCCGGCCACGGGAGGAAGUCACGGCAGCCCGGAGCAGCAGCGUCGCAGCCCUGGGACCCCAGGACGGGAGUGUCCCUUUUAGCUUUGAUUACAACGCCUUCCGGAGCCGCCUUCAGCACCCGGUCCUGGGAACUCGGACUGACCAGAGUAAAGAGCCCCAGAGCCUGGUUCGAACCCAGAGAGAGAAAAUCAAGGAGAUGAUGCAGUUUGCCUGGCAGAACUACAAGCGCUACGCCAUGGGCAAAAAUGAGCUCCGGCCGCUCACGAAAGACGGCUACGAGGGCAGCAUGUUUGGGGGCCUCAGCGGGGCGACGGUCAUCGACUCCCUCGACACCCUCUACCUCAUGGAGCUGCAGGAGGAGUUCCAGGAGGCCAAGGCCUGGGUCGAAGAGAGCUUCCACCUGAACGUGAGCGGAGAAGCCUCCCUGUUUGAGGUGAACAUCCGCUACAUCGGGGGCCUCCUCUCAGCCUACUACCUGACGGGAGAAGAGGUGUUCCGGGUGAAGGCCAUCAAGCUGGGGGAGAAACUCCUGCCAGCCUUCAACACCCCCACAGGGAUCCCAAAAGGCAUCGUGAACUUCAAAAGCGGCUCCAACCGCAGCUGGGGCUGGGCCAUGGCUGGGAGCAGCAGCAUCCUGGCAGAGUUUGGGUCCCUGCACCUGGAGUUCUUACACCUCACCGAGCUCUCUGGCAACCAGGUCUUCGCUGACAAGGUCAGGAACAUCCGAAAGGUCCUCAGGAAGAUCGAUAAGCCCUUCGGCCUCUACCCCAACUUCCUCAGCCCUGUGAGCGGGAACUGGAUGCAGCACCACGUCUCAAUUGGAGGCCUCGGGGACAGUUUUUAUGAAUAUCUGAUCAAAUCCUGGCUGAUGUCGGCCAAGACAGAUAUGGAGGCUAAAGACAUGUACUACGAAGCCUUGGAGGCCAUAGAGACCCACUUGCUGAAUGUCUCUCCCGGGGGGCUGACCUACAUCGCUGAAUGGCGAGGGGGGAUCCUGGACCACAAGAUGGGGCACUUGGCCUGUUUCUCCGGGGGCAUGAUCGCCCUCGGCGCUGACGAUGCCAAGGAAGAAAAGAGAGCCCACUACCGAGAGCUGGCAGCCCAGAUCACCAAGACCUGCCACGAGUCCUACGCCCGCUCAGACACCAAACUGGGGCCCGAGGCCUUCUGGUUUAACUCCGGCAGAGAGGCGGUGGCCACGCAGCUGAGCGAGAGCUACUACAUCCUGCGGCCCGAGGUGGUGGAGAGUUACAUGUACCUGUGGCGGCAGACCCACAACCCCGUGUACCGGGAGUGGGGCUGGGAAGUGGUGAUGGCCCUGGAGAAAUACUGUCGCACGGAAGCCGGUUUCUCUGGGAUCCAGGACGUGUACAGCAGUGUCCCCAGCCACGACAACAAGCAGCAGACCUUCUUUCUAGCGGAGACUCUAAAGUAUCUCUAUCUUCUGUUCUCUGAAGAUGACGUGCUCUCCCUGGAGGACUGGGUGUUCAACACCGAGGCCCACCCGCUCCCGGUGAACCACACGGACAGCUCCGGCACAGCGGGCGGCCGCCUCUGACCUCCUGCCCGCAGGACGCUGCCUGCCGAGGGCCCGGGACAGGCCUCGGGUGUGGGCGCGCGGGCCCCAGCCAGGCAGCCCGCAGGCAGGAGUGCCCGACACGCAACUUCUUUUCCUCUGUGAGGAGACAGGACUGGAGGCCGGCGAUGUCACCCAGGCCCAGACACUCCUUUCUAUGGAGAAUUUCUAUGAAACUCGUUCUCUUGCACCCCGGGCCGACGCCACAGGUUUGCCUACGACCGUGUAUUUAGUUCACUUUCUUUCCGAUGUUCUUCCCUUGAUUUCUUUGGUUUUGCCUGAUUUUUGCCUUUUCUCUGCAGUUGUUGUUUAUCACAAAUUAAGAAUAUAGUUUUCAAAAUCAUGUGCUCUCGACAGUGGUGUCCUCCAGAUAAACGACACACACACAUCCGGACCCCGUUUUCUAUCUUUUAAAUGCAUUUUGCCACCCUUUCCUCCAUGUUCGACUCUGUGUCCUUUACCUUAUAAUUUGAGGAGGGGUUUCCCUUUGAUCUAUGCUCAAGUGUUAAGAUCUAGUGCUAUUUUCAUUAUUGUAAUGGAAAAAUCUGUAAACUUACAAUAAAAGAGUUUAUUGAAUAAGACACGUGCUUGGACCCACUGCACGUCAGCGAUGCCUGGAAAACGGGGGCAACGUGAAUGUGACCAGCAGAAAGAAUAAUCAGCCGCCCGUUGAUCCAAGGUGGGAUCCGGUCAGAUUGAAGACGGGCAAGGCAGGGCGGCAGGACGGGCUAGGCCAAGUGACCACGGACGGAAACCGACAGACCCAGCCCCCUCCAGGCUGUGGCCCUGGGUAAGCCCCACAACCUCUCCCAGCCUCUGCUUCCGCAUGGGUGAAACAGGUUUGCAGGGUGAACGGAGCUCCCCAGCGGAGAAGCUCCCCACGUCUAGUGGUGAUUGUUAUUGCUAUUAUGUGAUUGCUCUCUGUAAACUAUAAAAACUUGUGAAAUGUGAGGCAAAAUACUGCUGUCAGAAAUUCUUCUAUUUAAACAAAACGCCCUGAAACUUGGAGGAAACUGCAUCAACCAGGCCCAGGAGACAGA